ACUGGAUCAGUCAAUGGAAUGGGCGAUUCUUCAAGUGCAGUUGUCUUGCUCAUGUGGGACUCAUCAUACACCUUGGCCAUGAUGGCAAACAAUGUCCGGCGGUCACAGAUCGGUGGAAUUUGUUCAAAGAAGAUGAACCUGAAGACCUGCUCGAGCCUGAAGAUCUGCCAUUUGUGUCUGGACCCAAGUUCCAGCCAAAGGAAAACACCAUGGUCAUCGUUGACAAGUCCAGAGUUUAUCGCCUGGAGGUUCGAUGCUGUGAUUGUCCGAAUGCCAUGAGUCCAGACAUUCAAAUGCCGAAGACUGUGUUCACCUUCAGAGUGCUCGAUGAUUUUCUACUGGACAGCCUUGAAUGCGGCACCUCUGCGAUCAACUAUUACAGCAAGCUCCAGCAAAUGACCUCGAGCAUGUUUCCACACCUUGUUCCGGACCGAUACAGAGAGCUCAUGAGGGUCGCUCGACAGUGGAGGCAGUUGAAGACAAUGAAAUGGCAUGGCUUUGGCCAUCGUUCCGAUAACCCGAGCACAGGAGAACUCGCAUUAUUUUGCCCUGCAUGUCCUCAGCCUGGUAUUAAUGUGCUGUUGUCAGAGGAUGGAUCACUUGAUGACUGGAAAUACACCCGGUCAUUUGUGAUGGACGGAAAUUUCAAAGCCGAACAUCUGCAUCCCAUCAAGCCAUUUGAUGAAGUUUGGCUGUCCGAUGGGCUUAGAUUCAUGGUAGGAAAGGACAGGUAUAAAAUGCAUCUGGCAGAGGCUGCUGACAUGGUGGAAAAAUCAAGCUGCAACAACCACCGGGCAGUAAAUCAAGCUAAUGCUGCUAGGCACAAGCUGGAGUCCACCGGUAUCGGGGGAGUUGCCUGUGCCCAACAUGGUUGCUUUGUCCCUCACUCCAUGGUGGAUUUUCAGAAAGGCAAAAGACAAAUAAACAUGGACUACACCCUUUGCGAGGCUUCCCAGCACAACAUGGAAGGCAUCACCAGGGCCGUCACCUUCUACGAUAUCAACUGUCAAUACAACAAACACUUUCGGGUUCGGGUGGAUCGAAGUCGAUUUCUAGAAAUGGCACAGCAACUAACCAUCAUUCCCGGAAUUGGGUUGUGGCAUGUUCAUGGCCAUCAGGACAGCUGCUAUGUCCAAUAUGCAUCUAACUUUAUUGAAGGCAUUGGUCGGAUCGAUGGAGAGAUCAUGGAGACACUAUGGGCACGGCUCAAUCUGAUUUCCUCUGCUGCUUGGGGAAUGACUCUAUGCCGGAAAUACAAGCUGGCGAGGAAUGGCAUCUCAGAAAGUGGAAAGGCAUUUGACAGACUCGAUGAAGCAGCACCUGCACAUUUGAAGACCGAAUGGUUAGCCAGGGAGAGGAUAGCUCAGUCAAGCAGAUUGAAUGAUCCUGCGGUGAUGGAUGAAUAUGAGAUCAAUAUAAAAAAGGCACCGAGCAAAAAGGAGAUUGAGCUUAGAUUAUUAGAGGAGGGUAACGCCCACAAUGCAGCACCCUCUCGCAGAUCUGUGGCGACGUGGAUAUCAAUGGGGUUGGCGAUUGAAGAGGCUCAGAUUGCAUUGCUCAUUGAGGUCCAAAGGAUUGGAAGAAGAUCCACGGAGACACAGAGAUUAGACAUCGCCCAUCAACACGAUCGGCUCCAAGGCCAGAUAGAUGGAUUCACUCGGUCUGCUCUAACACAUCUCGGGGAGGGAUUUGAUGCAGAUGAUGAACCUGACAACUUGAAUGUAGACAUUCUCGAUGAUCUCGAUGAUGACCUGGCAGAUUUCACAGAGAUAUCUCAUACAUGGACAAACUCUCCCGAGCUCACUGUAAUCCCGUUGCCAUUAAACCUGGGGGAUCUGAUUCCCCUGGAGAUGUCGCUUCAUGAAGGGCAGGCCAAUGAUGCCCUUCACAAUCUCCAAAUUUACCUGUGCAACAAGGCCAUCCUGUUCCGAACAACUGUUAGGCAGGCCAAAUCCCAGGCCCUGAAAACUCGAGCUUGGUCCCAGGUGACGUCGGUCAUAUAUACAAAGACCAGGAAGCAAAUGAUGAAACUUGAGCCGGGGCAAGACCAGCUUCAGAAAUACAAACCCCUGCUUUGCGAGCAACUGAAAAUCAGCACUGCAGUGGGCGACCCAAAUGCCCGAGGUCAAUGACCUGACGGGACCCAUCCCAAGUUUACCAAGUCCAUUGGCUUCGGGCAAAGGCACUACGGGAUCGAUGGAGGGAAGAAAUGAUAUUGGUCAAAUUGCAGAUGGAUUGGACAUGUAACUUCUUUUUGUGGAAAGCAACCCAAUGGGGCGACCACAUGCAGGAAUCAUUGGAGAAAUGCCUUCUGGGUCACGGAUGCUACGCCGGAAGGCAAUCCCAAAUGUAUUCAUUGCUCGCACAGGAUGCACAGGCAGCUUUUCAAGACCUACAGAACAUGUUGAUAGAGGCUGGAGAUGAAUGAACA